AUGGGAACUAUUCAACGCCUUGUGAACGCUGCAUUUUCAAAGUCAGUAGCCAGUAUGAAAGUGAUUCUGCUGAUUUCACUCCUUUUUGUUAUCGAUGUAUUCUCGCUCAACAAAGCUUGGAUUGCCGACAAUUCUGGAACCAACGUAAUCGGAGACGAAACAGUUCUGGGAAGUAAGGAAGUAAAGAAGAAUGUUGGCAUGAAAAAACAUAAAUUUCCUUUCCUUCCUGUUGUAGUAGCCGCUGCGCUCAUUGGUGGGUUUGUAGCGGAAGCCGUGAAAGAUCCUUCUAUCCAUCAUCUCACACUACUUUCACGACAGCAAAUUCCAAAAGAAGCUGAGAAAUCGUCAAGCGGAUUCUUUUCCUCAACUCCAGAACGCUAUAGUUCAACAACGGUUACCAACUUAACGCAGGACAAAUAA